AUGCAAGUGGACAAGAAUGCUUGUCGAGACAGCACCGAGAAAAGUGCACCUACGACGUCUGUACCGGUUCGAAGGAGUGACACGUGCAAGGUUCCCAAGGUAUUCACCUUGCUGUACGGCGACAGAGCGUCGACGCUCACGGACGCCCUCGGGCGGCUAGGCUUGUCGCGCGUGCAAGUUGAUGCCUGCGCCCUGCUGCACGAUCUCACCGACCUGUUCGUUGUCGUGCCCCGAAGCUUCCCAAUAGAGGCAUCCGACGAACUGUCCAAGUUAAGCGCUGAGUCGGUCGCCAAUUACGACAACUUCCGCCGCACCCUUACGUCCCUGAUUCAGCGGAAGUGCCGGGGCGACGUCUUCUCCUUCUCCUGGUACCGACACGGUUGCUUCGGAAGCAUUCUGUUCGAAAGAGCAGCGUUUCGUGAACUCUUCGCCGUGCUAGGUCCUCACUGCACCGCCGCACUGCUACUGGGUUACUACAUUUUCGAACGCGCCGAUAGGGAUACUUUUGUCCAGUGGAUCGGGCCGCCGGCGUCUGGAGUCAAGGCCAACGCUUUGCCAAGCACUGAGAGGUCUGACGCAGCAGCGUCUUCCUCGGCACCGCGAGUGGAAAACAAGGCGCUGCACUCAAUAGGUCAAGCAGCGACGCCUUGUGGCAGCACCGUUGGCUCCGGGACGACGAAGGGCGGCGACAGCCAAUGUUCAAACGGCGUGAAUCCCGUUUCUUCGACUUCGUCAGCCACCGACCACCACGCGGCCGAAAAUGAAACUGGCGGUCGGAAGCGACCUGCCGGUGUGUCGUUCUCCCGUCUGAGGGCGCUCAAGGCGAAGAGGGCGCGACGUCACGACCCGAAAGCCGUCGCGCGCAGCCAGGCGAGAGAAGACGCCUACAGGUUUCACGCGUGGACCAUGCUGUACGUAUCCGAUCGCAGGAGGGUGGAGAGCCGCUUCAUGCUCGGGAGCCCCUCGAACCUGGACAGCGCCAAGAAGCUCGCGGACAAGGUAUUCGCCACGUGGCCGGACUGCCCCGUCGAAGUCCGUCAUCACGCCUACCUGCUGCGCGCCCUGAGGCAACUCUUGAAGAACCACAGGUCUUGCAGGUACGGCAGACUUCUGACGGAGCACUGUCCGUCGCAAAACGGUGGCGAAGCCGGUGAGGUCACAUGCAACGACGACGUCGACGACGGAGAUCUCUUGCUGCUGGCUUCUCUGUCCGAUCUCGUGAAAGACCACGUGCCAGUAAGUGCCGUCUCCGGGUUCAUGCAUGCGGCCCUGCGGAAGUUGAUCCCGGUGGAACUGUUUGGUUCGAAGACGAACUCGAGGAAAGUCAUCAGCCGGGCUGCUUCAGUGGCUCGGAUGAAGAAGGGCGAGGUGCUCAACACAGCCGCGUUCGCGGCUGAGCUCCGCGCUGACCAGGUCCCGUGGCUGCAGCGAAUGGCGAGCACGAAGGGCAACAAGAAGCUUCCGUGGCUGCGCGCGAUGGUCACGUGGUGCACGAAGCUAGCGGCGGCCAUCGUCUCCGUCUGCUUCUACGUCACGGAUUCCCGCAAGGGGAAGCGGCAGCUUCUCUUCUACAGGAGGCGCGUGUGGAACGCCAUCAUCCAGGUCUGGGCGUCUGGCGAAGACAUCCUGCAGCAUGCCGACGCUUCCAGCGGGCCUCCCAGGAUGAAGGGCGUCGGCCGUCUGCUUCCAAAGGACGAAGCCGGAGGCGUCCGGCUUCUGGUCACCGCGCCCAUCGCCAACACCUUGGAGGCGAGGUUUCGCACCCUGAAGGUGUUCCUCGACUCUCUCAAGGGUAACGGGGGUGCUGACAGCCUUUACCACCGAUGGAAGGCGUUCGUCGCCGAGUGGAAGGCACGGGGAAAGUCCAAGGUCUUUUUCGUCAAGGCAGACAUCGAGAACUGUUUCCACAGCGUCGAUCACGGGGUGGCGCUAGAAGUGGUGGGCCGGGCGUUUGAGCGUACUGAGCGCGAGGCCAGAGUUGUGGCCUGCACUGUGGUCACGCUGAACGCCUACGGUCGGGUGGUCAAGCGCUGGAGGCAGCUGUUCGCCAAUGACGUCACAACCAUGGCGUACGAUCCGAAGAACUCGUCCCCUCCGCGCCGCCGCGUCGCCGCCAAGGCCAAAAUUCUCGUGGCGAAGACGUGUCUCCUGCCGAACACGAAAGAGCUGAAACAGCUGCUCCGGGACUACCUGACGAAGUUCCAUUUCCGGUUGCACGGCAAGACCUACAGCCUGAGGAAAGGCGUGCUACAGGGCGGCCACCUAUCCGCAGACCUUGCAGACGUCUACAUAACGGCGAUGCAGAGGCGACACCUGCAAGAGUUCGGCGGCGCGAGCGGAGAGAUCCUCGUACGCGCCACCGACGACUUCCUCUACGUCACUUCCGACGAGGAACGCGCCCGUCGCUUUCGAGAUACAUUCUCGCGUGGUUUUCCGGACUUCGGGCUCUUCUCCAACGCUUCCAAGGUGCAAACGAAUAUCGAGGAUGCGGUGGAUGACGACGAUUACGACGUCCGCACGCCGGCUCCUAUUAGACAAAGAGCUGAUUUCUGUGGCUACGUAUUCGACAUGACUACGCUGGAAGUGUUCCGGGAACCCAUGUCUUCAUUUCCGGUCGAGUGGGUGGUAGAGAAACCAGAGCGUCGAGCGGGAGAAGCUCUAAAGAAGUACCUGCAGCCCUGGCACCUCCCCAUCUCUCCCCUGGUGAUGGAUUCCAUGAUCAACUCGCGGGAAUGCGUGAUCGCUGGCGUCCUGGACUCGUUCGUCGCGCUGGCCAAUCGCUUCUUCUGGUCGGUCAACGCGAUGCGCUACGUUGACGAAGGCUACGUGACAGAGGUAGUUCUUGGAAUCCUGGACAACUUUUUGGUCAGAGCUCUUCGGUGGGCGUCUGGCGAGGGCAUGGAGCUUUUGGUUCGCGACGAAGAGUUGCGAUACCUCUUCCUGUUGGUGUUCGCGAGGAAGGCUGACCGCAAAGCCAGUUCAGUGGGGAAGCGUCUCACAGAAGUGGUUCGCCGUGUUGGCAAGAAACUGGCGCCGAUCUGCGAUCUGGAACACUUGACUGCAUGCGUUGAAUUGGCUUUGUCUUGAUCUCACUUGAUUUCUUAAGAUGAUGUACGGCAAUUAUACAAUGUCAUGGCUAAUACAUGUUGUCCAGUUUAUGGGCAAAUUUGCACACAGUGAUGCGGGACAUAGAUGAAGAUUUUAGGUAGUGGAUAAGCUACGUAAAGUUAGCACUAAAUACUUCGCUGGCAUACUUCUGUGAACGUUAACUAUCGGUGCUCAAACAAAUGCUGCUUUGGCAAUAUAUAUUAUGGUGUCAGUCUUACAGCGGCUGAGACGAACUACUCGGAAUACCGUAAUCUGAAAUGCCAGGUGCUUCACUGUUUCGCGCACUGUCGUGGCGGGAUGCAACCGCAUUUGAAAAUUGAUAUGUGACUGCGUACAGGCAGCAGACCUAUGAUCAUCAUAGAUCAAAACGAGACCGCACAAUGCUUAACUCAGUGUUUUUUUCUGCGACCGCGGGAUGGGGGGCGUAUGACGGCGUAUGACUUUAUGCCAUGCCACCUUCGGUAUGUAUGGUUUGUGUGGCGGCAAUUUCUGGGCGGUGGUACGUUUACCGGCUGGGCUUUCGCCCAGAACUAGCGAGUUCUACUGACAGACACAAAGGGAACUUUUGGCCGUUGUACAUUUGUCUUUUUUUUACCCCGCUUAGUCCUAGCUUUCUUGUUCAGGUUUUGCUGUUCAUGUUUUCUGUUAAAUUUUAACCGCUCAAUAUUUUCCCGUCGAGUGCACAUUGGCGCUUUGUUGCGCGCUGACAUAUGUUAGCCUUGUUCAGAAUUAGCAAUUCGAAUCACUGACGCGAGCUCACCAGUGCUUCACCACGAACUGUCUCACCGUAACUACUUCGUUCUCCGAUACAUUUCUUACAUUUAUUAACUCAAUAAAUUGUUUUUUUUUU